AUGAACUGUACGUGCUGUAACCAACGUAAGAGUAGUACACGUUGUGAAGGCUGUCAACGAUUAUUUUGUCUCCAAUGCAUGAAUGCACAUCACGACGAACUUAUGGUAGAAUUCGAAACAUUAUUCGGAGUUCAAAAUGAAUUAAAAGAAUCAUUGGGUGUUGUUCAAUUAAAUUGGCAAAACAAUAAAGAUUUUACUUGUUUAACUGAAAUCGAUCAAUGGGAACUGGAAGUUACAAACCGUAUUCGACUGAUUGCGGGUAACGCUCGAAAAAUUGCCAAUGAAAUGAUGGCAAAGCAUAUGUCUGAUAUUCGUCAUCGACUUGAUCAACUUACUUUUGAUAUGGAACAACGCCAACAAGAAGGAAAUUAUUUAGAUAAUGAUAUCAAUGAAAUACGAAAUCAACUACAACAAUUAAAUUCUACGAUUAAAAAUGCAAAUGAAAAAAUCCGAAUUAAUUAUUCGACAACUAACAAACUCGAUUGGAAUUCUCUGUUGCAUGUUACCAUGAGCAAAAAUUCAAUGGAAAGAAAAAUUGCAGAUAGUUGUUUUGAUUUGUCAGAUUUCUUUUAUGAAGAGGAAACUACUCAAGAUAAAAUUUGGAAGAAUAUACGAAAAUUCAUAAAAAAAAAACAUCUAAGCAAGGAUAUCAAAGGUCAGCAGUCAAUUCCUAAAUGUAAAACAUCUUCGAUAUUUGAGCCAAUCGUUCUUACUUCAAUCGGUACACCGACGCGUUCCGUUACAAAGGCGCAUUCUGAUGCCUAUUCCAUGCCAAGUAUCUCUGAUGGUAUGCGACAAAAUUCUCUUCAGGACGCAGAAUCCUUGAAUUACGUCUCCUUAACUACAAAUAGCUAUGAUCAACUACUUCCUCAGGGUUCUGAUGCCUAA